GUCUAAUUCUACAGUCAGAUCCUAAAUUCUUUUUUUUUGUUGUUGUUGUAGCAUCUGCAAAUGACAAUCCAGGCUCUUCAAGAUGAGCUUAGAACCCAGAGAGACCUUAAUCAUCUUCUCCAGCAAGAAAGUGGAAACCGAGGUGCUGAGCAUUUUACUAUUGAGCUAACAGAAGAGAAUUUUCGAAGACUUCAAGCAGAACAUGAUAGGCAAGCUAAAGAGCUUUUCCUGUUAAGAAAAACUCUAGAAGAAAUGGAGCUAAGGAUUGAAACACAAAAACAAACACUAAAUGCUAGAGAUGAAUCAAUAAAAAAGCUUCUGGAAAUGUUGCAAAGUAAAGGUUUGCCCUCUAAAGGAAUGGAAGAUGACAAUGAGAGAACUCGAAGGAUGGCAGAAGCUGAAUCUCAGGUUAAUCAUUUAGAAGUGAUAUUAGACCAGAAGGAGAAGGAAAACAUACAUCUUAGAGAGACAUGAUAUUUGAAGAUUUUGAACACAGUCGAAGUUCCACUGAUACAAUGAGAAGAAGAAAAAUAACUAUUAAUUUACCUACAGAAAACUGCUUGCUUAGUUUUCUGCUGCUGUUCUUGGUAGUUGCGGACAGGUUCUUCUUAGUGGUGUGUCACUGAUUCUGUUUAAAAUCCUAUUCUAUUAAAAAAAAAUUCUUAUGCUCUUAUAUGUUGGCAAUCUGAUUCUGAAUUCACUUCAAACAAGUAUUCCAAGUGGGGUUAUCUCUAGUUAAAGUGAAAGGUCAUCUUAGGGAAGGGAAUGUGCUUUUCAUGCUUUCCUUUUAAAAAUUUGCAGUUGCAGAAUGCAUUAUUUUCAUAAAUAACAAUCAUAUAUUUCUUUGGUUACGUUGCUUUAAUCAGCUUUGAUUCUUGACAGCUUUUAUCUUCCUGAGCAUAAUUUUAUUUACAAAAAUGUUGAUCUUAGUUUUUUUAUAAUGCAUUUUUCUUUGGCUCAGUAUUUAACACAAAAAUCCACAUUGGAAAACCUUCCAAAGAUUAUACAUAAAGAGAACAGUAGCUUUUCAUCGAAUCAAUUACAUCUCUAUUUGCUGUUUCAUUAUUCACCUGAAUUUUCAUAGGGUUCAAUAAUAAGAUUUGUGUUAUGGUUUCCUAGAAAAACUGUUCUGUGAAAAUGAUAAAUAAGGGCAAAUAUAAGAUGAAAUCCAAACGACCCUCUUCCCUCAAAUAAUCACACUAUGAAAAAUAUAUUCAUGAUAGUCUAAAGUAAAGAAUAUAUGUUUUUACUUGCUUGAAUUUUUAAAGUUGUCUCCUUUAAAUUAGUGGUUGUUAUAUGACUGCAGAUCUUGAACCUUGAGAGGCUGGGAUACUGCAUGGACUGAUUCUUUGUAUUGGUUUCUGAUUCUGUCAUUGUACUCUUUUCAAGAUGCCUGUGUAAACUAUCCAUUGAAAUAGUGCAGUUUCUUUAAAAAACAAAGCCAUGAAAUAUUAUCCCCUGAGUAGUCCUAAUGUUGGUGUUCAGAAUUACAAUGGGAAAACAAUAGGACUGCUCUCAUGAAAACCCCAGUGCAGCAAUAUGCAUGCUUAUGAGUAGUGCCAGGGAACAUUGUAUAAAACAGUGCAGCAUCAGGAGCUGUUAGUCAACCAGCCCAGUUCUCCUCUCCUUGUCGCAAACCAUUCCCCAUGCAUACAGCUUCCUAGGAAUAAUUGGGAUAAUUCAGCUCUAUUUAUACUUCAUUAUGGCAAUGUUAAAUGCAGUGUAUUUCCUUAGUACCCCACAUGUGUCCUGGACACCACUAGUUCAGUUCCAUACACAUCACUUUCUUUUCUCUGAAGUAGUCAGACUUCUGCAGGUGUACGUUUUCAUGCAUAUGCACUGUGAGGUUUAUAAUGAUACAGAUUUCCCAGUACAUAAUGUGUUAAAUAAACUUGUCAUUUACAAAACAUCAUAUGAGUUGUUGUGAUCUUCAGGUAAGCUGCAGUAAUCUGCAGCAAGAUGAGCC